AUGCUGCCUGUUCCUGCAGGUGCCGGCCAGAACCCCGUUCGGCAGGCGAGUGUUGCUGCGGGAAUCCCGUACUCUGUGCCCGCCUGGUGCUGCCAGAUGAUCUGCGGGUCAGGCUUGAAGGCAGUGUGUCUGGCUGCUCAGUCCAUACUGAUGGGAGACUCCACCAUCGUGGUCGCGGGAGGCAUGGAGAGUAUGAGCAAGGCUCCUCAUGUCAUUCACAUGCGAGCUGGGGUGAGAAUGGGAGAGGCUUCCUUGCAGGACACUAUAAUCCUCGAUGGCCUUACAGAUGCUUUUUACCAGUAUCAUAUGGGUAUCACAGCUGAAAAUGUGGCCAAGCAGUGGCAAGUCAGCAGAGGGGAACAAGACCAACUUGCUGUAGAGUCACAAAACAGGGCAGAGGCAGCACAGAAAGCUGGCUAUUUCACAAAAGAAAUUGUUCCUAUUCUUGUACCUUCUAAAAAAGGUUCGAUAGAAGUGAAAACAGAUGAACACCCUCGACAUGGGAGCAACUUGGAAGCAGUGGCAAAGUUAAAGCCGUGUUUCCUGACAGACGGAACUGGCACAGUAACAGCCGCGAAUGCUUCAGGUCUAGGUGAUGGAGCUGCAGCUGUAAUUGUGAUGAAGAAAUCGGAAGCUGCUAGGAGAGGUCUUACACCUUUGGCUCACAUUGUAUCUUGGGCUCAGACAGGUAUAGAGCCAUCUAUAAUGGGAGUAGGGCCCAUUUCAGCGAUAAAGCAAGCUAUUGAGAAAGCCAGCUGGACUCUGGACCAAGUUGACUUGUUUGAAAUUAAUGAAGCAUAUGCAUCGCUGUCUGUUGCAAUAGCAAAAGAACUGAAAGUAAAGCCAGAAAAGAUCAAUGUCCAAGGAGGAGCUAUUGCCCUCGGCCACCCUCUCGGCGCCUCUGGUUGCCGCAUCCUUGUUACUCUCCUGUAUGCACUGGAACGAACAGGGGGAAAGCGCGGCAUUGCUGCUCUCUGCAUUGGAGGAGGAAUGGGAAUAGCCAUGUGCGUUGAGAGAUGAAUGGGAAUGAAUGCAGAGCUAGUGCUAACUAGCUUUGAAACAGUUUAUUAGUAAUCUUCUAAUA